AUGUCAGCAUCAUAUGACUCUGAUGGCGUCGAUCGAAUAGUAGACGAAUGUGUAGACGAAUCUGUAGACGAAUGUGUAGACGAAUCUUUUGAUGAAAUCUUCGAAGGUAUAUAUACCGACGUAGUGGAGGGCCAAGAAGAACAGCAAAGGAAACGUGCUUAUAUUGAACGAAACCGCGAAGCCGGACACAACCGUUUAUGGAAUGACUACUUCACCGAAAAUCCGACUUAUGACGCAUCCUUAUUCAGACGCCGCUUCCGUAUGAACAAGGAUUUAUUCUUGCGUAUUGUCCAUGCUCUCUCAGAGAACAUUCCAUUCUUUCGACACAGAAGAGACGCUACCGGGAGGUUUGGCCUUUCUCCACUGCAAAAAUGUACGGCUGCAAUUCGUCUGCUUGCUUAUGGUUCUGCAGCAGACGCGGUUGACGAAUAUCUCCGACUUGGUGAGAGCACAUCAAUUUCGUGUUUACAUCAUUUCACGGACGGGAUAAUACAUGUGUUUGGAGAUGAGUUUCUACGAAGACCGACACCAGAAGAUCUUCAACGACUACUAGAUAUUGGAGAGAAACGCGGGUUUCCUGGGAUGGUAGGGAGCAUUGAUUGUAUGCACUGGGAGUGGAAAAAUUGCCCAACCUCUUGGAAAGGACUGUACGCACGUGGAUCAAACAAACCGACAAUUGUCUUAGAGGCUGUAGCUUCACAAGAUCUUUGGAUAUGGCACGCUUUUUUUGGUCCUCCAGGUACUUUAAACGAUAUUAAUGUCCUGGAUCGGUCUCCUGUUUUUCAUGACAUUUUUGAAGGUCGAGCUCCCAGAUUAAAGUACGUGGUCAACGGACACCAGUAUAAGUUGGCGUACUACCUCACAGACGGUAUCUAUCCAAAAUGGUCCACAUUCAUCCAAUCGAUCUCAUCCCCUCAAGGUCCUAAAGCAGAGUUAUUUGCUGAACAUCAAGAAUCAGCCCGGAAAGAUGUGGAGCGGGCUUUUGGAGUUUUGCAAUCUCGAUUUGCGAUUGUGAAAAACCCGGCUCUUACAUGGGAGAAAGAAAAGAUAGGGAAGAUUAUGCGAGCAUGUAUCAUACUACACAAUAUGAUAGUCGAAAAUGAACGCAAUGACUACCCUCGCAGUAUAAAUGAAUUUGAAGAAGGCGACAGCAGCAGAACCUCACGGGUGGAAACCGAGAGGCCUACAAAUAUCGGUAAUUGCGUUGGCAUUCGGGAUGAUGUUCACGACAGACGUAAACAUCAAAAAUUGAAAAAUGAUCUAAUCGAACAUAUUUGGAACAAAUAUGGUGAUGAUAAUGAAUAA